AUCUCAAUAUACUGAGCAAUGAGCUGGAAGGCAUUAUCGUUGGUGAUGUCGACGUUGUGGAGCGGGGGCAUGGCUGUGAUCUUCUCUAGGCCAAGAACAUUUCUUGCCUCCAUCAGACGCACGAGACCCAGCCCGAAUAUUCUAUCUACCCCUCACCAAGAACCCACAAUGUCGACGAAUGCAACCGCACUCACGCAGCUCACGACAUACGGCCCGCAAGAGCGAGCGCUCUUCCAGGGGCAGCCCAAGAGCGGCAUUAACAUCUCACGAGUCGAGUUCCAGGAAGUGACCGACUUUGGCAAGACAACGACCGCGGUCGUUCCCUGGCUGGGUGAUCAGCUCGAGGAGACGUGGCUGUAUUUCACGAUCGAAGUUAACGUCGGUGGCUUUGCCAAUGCAGCUGGGUUCGGGGCAAUCGACUCGAUCGAGAUGUGGGUCGGCUCGAUGCGCCUGUACCAGUGGACGGGCAUGUGGCUCGAAGCGGUUUCGGCAUUGGAGCCGACGAACUAUGCGGAUGAGCUUGCAGCCGGGCGAGUUCCCGACGGAUUCACGCUUUACCAGCCACUGUGUGAUUUCAGUCUCCCGCAAGCCACCACCCAAAGCUUUCUCAUCAGAGCACCCCAUGCACCGUUCCUCUUUGCGGAUGUACAGGCGAUGCAGCUCAAGUUCCGGGUGAUAUGGGCAACCGCCGCAUCUGGAGUGCUGGGACCGGCACCGACUCCACACACAUCGACAGACCCACCGAUUCCCGCACAAACCGCAGUCUUCCAGGAUGCCGCCGUCUUCUUCAAGUAUCGCAUGUGGCCGACGGCACCAGUGAAUGACCCGGAUGUGCAAAAGACUCAGCUGCUCAACACCUGGGUCUACUAUGACGUACCGGUCUCACCGGGGUCAUUCAAGGUGGUACUCCCGUUCCGGUCGGUGAUCCACAAGCUGCUCUGGAAGUUUAAUCCAGAGGCAACGGGUCUCUUCACCAGCGUCACACUGACCCUGGACGGCAAGCCCCGAUUCUACCAGCUGCCAGAGAUCUUCCCCCGCAUCAAGACGGGCUAUGCAGACUUUGACUGUAACGUCCACUACUGGGACGUUGGGGCAAGACGGGGAGGGAGGGGGUACAAGACAAGACAGGACAGGGCAGAACAGGGCGGUGCUAGGCUACUCUAGCGGACGGGUGAGCUCGGGAAGCACUUACGUUUAUUCACGA